UCUUUGUACGAUUAUUGUAGUAAAAUGUUGCCAAUCCGGUAUUUUGUAAUCCACAUGGUGAAGCGGAGGGAAUAUUGAAUAUCGAAUUUUGUGAGUGUUUUUUUAAAAUUUUUUAAUGGACACGCGAAAAAUGAAGAAGUCAAAUAGAAAAGUAGUUAAAGCCAAGAUAAAAAACAGGAAAUCUUUAAGUACAUUACAACCUUCUGCUGACAAUCAAUCAGUUUUAGUCGGUUCUAAUGGAAUCGUAGAUUUGAAUUUGAAAAAGUCAGGAUUGAAAGAAAAUAUUUCAUUGAAUACUAAAGAGAACGAAUUAUCCUCUCUUAAAGAAGUGUCGAAGAAAGAUGCUGUAGAGAAUGCAAAGGAACUUAUGUGUAAUCCGGAAAUCUCGGCUGAAUAUUGGAAGAUUCUUGCAGAAGAGAGAAGAGUGGCCCUAGAAGCUGCUUUGAAAGAAAAUGAAGAUUUACGUGAUCAGAUCGAGGUAUUAGAAACUGAGAAUUCUCAAUUGAGAGAAAUCUGUGAAGAAGCUAAAAGAAUGGCCGAGAUAAUAAAUGAUUUAAAUGAAUAAUUUAGGUGAACAUUUGUAAUUUUAAAGUAAAAAAAAAAAAUUAAAUUGCAUACUAAAUUGAACUAAAAUAUAUUUGUAGAUAUAAAGUCAAAUACAAUUGAAUAUAUUUAUUUAACCGAUUUUUAUUUUUUUAAAGUAGCAUUUCAGAUGUAACACAAAGACAAUGGAAAAAUAUUGUAAAUAUCAAACUUUAAAAUUGUCUUCUGUAAGUUUUUUAUAUAUAUAAAAGCCUUUUAUGAAGUGUACCGACAUAUUCUUUA